AUGUACUUUCUAAUUUCUGUAGGAGGAAGUGGUCCGAGAAAAAAUCCUCAAUCAACAUCAAAUUUGCUUGUUGGUGAAGGAACUGUCUCUAACACAACUGAGCCAGUAGUUUGCCAAAAUACGGAUUCUUUUCCCAAAUCCAGCACUAUAGGAGGGAGUGGUUCUAGAGAAAAUACUCAACCAGCUUCAUUAGCCACAGAUGAAGUCGUUCCAAAUCAACCACAGAGGCGGAGGCGGGGCCCUAAUAUUAAUAAAAAGGCAUCACAGAUUUUGGAAAAACAACCUGGUGCUCGAAUUACAUUGACAAGAGAUACCUAUACAAAGAAAUUCAUUGGGGAUUCAGCAAUAUCUUUUGCAACGGAGGUUGGAAUUGUGAUGCGGAGCUUUUGUGAAAUGGAAUUCCAUACUUGGGAGAAAGUAGCAAAAGAAAAUAAAGAAGAAAUGAUUAACAUAUUGCGUGAAAAAUUUGAAUUGCCGCACGAAGAUAAAGUUCUGAUGGAGUAUGUAGAUGAACAAAUGCGGAGGCAAUGGAAACGCACACGAAAUAUUUUCAAAGAUUAUUGGAAGAAAAAUGGAGGAAUGACAGAUCCACAAUUUGCAAGAUCUAAAAUCAAGUCAGAUUGUCGUAGCGAAGAAGAUUGGGGUUAUUUGUGA